AUGUUCGACAACCCAACCGAGCAGGGCUACAAGGUCGAUAACUUCAUUUCACUUGAGGAAAAGGUAUGGAGUACUUUGCAAGCAGCUAAUAGUGACUCCCAUACUGAGCAAUCUUCAAACCAACUUCCGAUUAAACUGCAACCCAUUUCACUGCCGAAGAUAAUAAUUCCAAAAUUCGAUGGCACCUAUUUAAAAUGGCAAGAAUUUCAUGACCUAUUCUCGCAACUGGUAAUAAAUCAACCUCUUUCAAAAGUUCAGAAAAUGUGGUACUUGAAAACUCACUUAGUGGGGGAGGCUGGAAAUCUAAUUAAACAUUUCGCAUCAACAGGAGAGAAUUUUGAUGCAGCUUGGUUCAUGCUUCUGGAGCGUUACAACAACAAACGCUUGCUGGUGAGCAAGUUAGUACAUGAGCUAACUACUACACCUGGAAGCACAUCAAUGGACAAUGUCAAAAAACUGCAUGACACAACACAAGAAUGUCUAUUAGCAUUGCAAAAUUUGCAGAUAGACACAUCAACAUGGGAUCCACUUCUGCUCCCCCUUCUACUAAAGAAACUGGAUCAACCGACUCGUUUGCGGUACGAACAAUCAUUAUCAAAGCCACGGGAGGUACAAACACUCAAGGAAUUCCUGCAAUUUCUGGAGAAACACUUUCAAUCCAUGGAAGCGAUGGGUGUCAAAGACAAAUCUACAAGCUCAACUGCAAAGGUGUGCACUUCAGUCACAUCCAAAGGUCAUAGAAAUGACACUUGCAGCAUGUGCAAAAAAGGAAAACAUCCAUUAUUUUCUUGCAAGGAAUUUUUACAACAGUCUCCAUCGGCACGCUUUCAGUUCAUACAAGGGCAGAAAUAUUGCCACAAUUGCCUAAAACCAGGACAUGGUUCUAAAAAUUGUAUAUUAAGAAACUGUCUGAAAUGCAACAAAAAACACAACACGCUGUUACAUUUCGAGGAUUCAAAAAGGGAUGUGAGCAAAGACAUUACAUCAGUAGCCACUCCAACACAAGGCAACGAAUCGCAAAGUACUACACCAUCCAGGACCAAAUCAACGCCAUCAAAAGACGAAGCAGCGUCACUUACCACCGCAAAGCACACAAAGUCAAACACGUAUGUACUACUCAGCACUGCCAUGGUGAAAGUUAGAGGAAUCGGAACAGAAGUGCAGUGUCGGGCAAUUCUCGAUUCAGGCUCACAAGUUAAUUUUGUGACUGAACGAUUGGUUAAACGUCUUGGCAUCUCAACUAAACCAUCAUCAAUCUCCAUUAGUGGCAUCGGGUCAAGGAGCACUAAGAUACAGCAUCGAGUCAAUGUGGCGCUACAGUCUCGGAUCAACAACUUUACAACGCGGCUAGAGGCAGCGGUAUUGCCUCAGAUUAUAUCCCCGCAGCCGUCGCAAGAAAUCAAGAUCGACGAAUGGCAAAUUCCUGAGAACAUCAUGUUAGCCGAUCCAUCAUUCAAUCGUCCUGACAAAAUUGAUAUAUUGUUGGGGGCGGAAUUCUACAACCAACUGAUGGCAGCAGGGCAAAUCAAACUGUCAGAUGACCUACCCAUUCUGCAAAAUACAGUGCUGGGAUGGAUCAUCGCGGGAAAAGUUGGUGGCAACUACAUCUCAAAUGCAAUAUGUGGAAUCUGUACCAACGAUGACAUCAACUUAGAUGCAGCCAUUGCUCGAUUAUGGGAACUUGAGGAUGUUGCAACUGUAAGAAAACAACAUUCGGUAGCAGAAAAACAGUGCGAAGCUCAUUUCGCACAACAUACACUCAUCAAUGAAAAUGGGAGAUUCAUGGUAAGGCUACCAUUUCAUGAAAAUCCGGAGGCCUUAGGGGAAUCCUAUGGGAUGGCGUAUAAUCGAUUCCUGGCCUUAGAACGUCGACUGGCAAAAUCGCUCCAGACAAAGAAUCAAUAUGUACAAUUUAUGGAGGAAUAUGAGAGCUUGGGGCACAUGACGCAAGUGGAUAUUGAUUCCAUCAGUAAACCUAGGUACUUCAUUCCUCACCAUUGCAUUGUGAGACCCGAAAGCCGCACUACAAAAUUACGUGUGGUGUUCGACGCAUCAGCAAAAUCGUCCACUGGCAUGUCUUUGAAUGACCUCAUGUAUACCGGACCCACUGUUCAGAGCGAGCUUUUCACCAUUUUACUUCGCUUCCGUUUGCCCAGUUGCAUAGCUUAG